GCGUAUGCAGAGUGCGCGUGGAGUCGCGAACGCGUUAGUCGGGACAGAGAACUCGCGGCGCGUCCUCUUCACUUCGCUACCCACCAGUCUCGCCCGGAAAGGAUCGGCGCUGUGAAAAGCUGGUUGUGUCGCAACCGGCUCGCCCACUGCAAAACACGCAUCGAAGUGGCACUUCUCGCUGGCGCGACGGGCCUCGUUGGCCGUGUGUGCUACGAAUGUGUACUUGUAGCUGAAAAAGAAGUAGGAGGCAAGAUUUUCGACUGUUAGGAGCGUUAGAUGGAGGAGUCCUGUGCUGUCGGCGUGUGAAUUUGUUUCCCAUGCAGGUGUUGACAUGUCAAACACAGUCACUUGUUUAGACUUUGAUGUAGCAUAAAUUGUGUGCCGUGGGAACUUAUUUAAUAUACGAAAAACAGUGUUCCGCAAACAACGGAUAUCGUUACAAGGCUACUUAAGGCGUCCUACGAAGCAACCACGAGGUUCGAAAUUUGUCAUGCAGUAAAGUGUAAGUGCUGUAAUGUAAUAAUGGUUGAAAGUCGGCGUCAUACGGUAACGCAGCAAGAUGCUCGUUGGGGAUAGUCUAGCCCUGUCGGCUGCGUGUUGGGCUAGUACUUUGUGUUCCCUGCCGCUUCGCUCGCAUUCCGCGAAGCGAGUUGGCGCGGUCUCAGCUGCCAGUGGCAGAAAGAUAACGGGCGGCGGUCGUGCGUUCCGUGGCCCGAGACAGAGCGGGCCCACUGGGGCGAGGACGGCGGGUAGCGGAUUCCGCGGUUGGACAUUUUUGCCGCAGCCGCCUUCUCGGCAAGUAGCGUGUGACAGCGGGGCCACCUUACCCGACAGUAGCAUUGUCUCCGAGGCAGUGACGCGCGCAUUGCUGUACCCUGUGCAUUGUAACUCUGGUGUAAUAAUACUCACAAGAAACACAUACUUUUGGAAAAACUGUCAAAAACUGUUUCGCUAGACAGUGCAGUGUCGCUCAUAGUUGAUUGGAAACAGUGACUUCAAAACUUAAUUGGCUUAGUGAAAAGAUUUAGAGCAUUUUGAACAAGUGGUUAAAUGCCCUGUUACUGAGACAGAUUGCAACGCAAAGUGCUGAAUUUGUAAUCUUGCAACUCUGUUGUAUCUGACGGACGAAAAUAGACAUUUUUAUGUAGGAUAAAUAGAACAAUUUUCCCACUGCUGAUUCUAAUGAACCUUGAAAUCACUUCAGGUUUGUUGCAAAUACUUUGAUGUUGCGUCCAGUAACAAUAAAAAUAUUUUUCUGGGGCAGUUCGUCGUAAUACCAACAGCUGUUGCUUGUGGAAGAGGUUGGAAGAAGUAGAUACACAUUGAUCUAUAUAAAGCCCGAAGAAGAAAAAGUGUUAGGUGGUAGCUAUCUUCGCCGAUCCACAGCGGAUUGAAGUAGCUGUCCUAAGAAAGGAGUAUUGAAGUCGAUAGUGUGAGGUCGGUGAACUUACAGUGCAUGGAACCGUAGUGCGACGAAAUGUUGGUGAGCCCCGCGACUAGCGGUAGAACCGCCGCCCCGCCGCCGGUGCCCCCACGGCCCAACAAGCUGGUGGUGGCUGCUGCACUCGCGAAGACUCGCGCCGGGGGCGGCGCCCUAUCGGUACCGACGCGCAAGGCGCCACCCCCGCCCGUUCCAGGCGAGCCGGGGGCGGUGCGCGCUGCCGCCGCUAGGCUAGCUGCCGCCGCUGCCUCCGCGUCGCCCACCCCCGAGAGGAAGCUGCUGACCAGACACUGUGAAGUCAGCGCGUCUGGAGCGUCGCUGCCUGCUGCCAGAGUCUGUGACGUGAGGCUGCAGCAGGCUACCCCCAUUGGAAGAUCCACCGGAUCUAGACAGCAACUGUCCGCACCCAACGCAAGACCCAGUGAAGCUGGUCAACAACAGUCUGCUCCCAGUGGUAAACCUGUGGAAAGACAGCAACACUCCACCCUCAACGGCAGACCUGUGGAGAGACAGCAACACUCCGCCCCCAAUGGCAGACUUGUGGAAUCGACACAGCAACAGUCGACCACCAGUGGAAGACCUAGUGAGUCCUUCCCUUGUGGAAGACCUGUGGAGUCGGGGCACCAGCAGUCUAUCCCCAAUGGCAGACUAGUGGAGUGGAGACAGCAACAGUCUGUCCCCAGUGGAAGACAACAGUCUACCCCAAAUGGAGGAAUUGUGGGAGAGUCCACCACCAACGGAAGGCUCACAGAGCCAAAUCAGCAACAAUCCACCUCCAAUGGAAAACUUCCAGAUUCGAAUCAGCAACAGUUGUCUGUCUCCAUUGGAAAACCUGCUGAAUCGAGACAGCAGCAGUCUGCGCCGCCUCCUGCACUGCCCCGAAUUUCCUCAACGAACAAGCCUGUUGAGCUGCGGCAGCAGAAGUCUCAUGCACCUCCCCCGCCACCCCCAGAGACCAAGUUGAUGGACGACGAAAUUGCUCCUCAUAGAGAGCAAUGCACGUUUCAGGAACAACCGACACUGCUGCCGUCACUAAAGACUAAUAUAUCCUCUACACAGACCAAGGUCUCUCCUACAAGCGUCGUGUCUCACACCUCAGAACAGAGGCUACCGUCAAAAGAUGCCAAAGAGGUACCGCGACAGCGCUCUCUGUCAGAAUUCAGAGGUAAGCCAGAAGAGCCGCUCGAACAGGAACUUAGUCACCAAUCACUUCCGCACGCUGUAGUGCCAGCACCAAGAAGCAUAGCGGGCAGCUUAGAGCGGAAAUCAGAACAGAAAACACCACCAAAGGACGCCAAAGAGCUGGUCAAGGAAGUAUGUAAACCAAACAGUCGACCAGACAGUGGAGGUGCACAGGAUCAUGCACCACCACUUCUGUCGGAAAUCAAGAUAGGAGUAAAACCUCAACAGAGUCUAGAGCGGGAAGUCUUACCAGAAGAUGACAAAGGUGUUAACUCUGCAGAUUCAAACUGUCGUGAAACGUCGCUCUGCAGCCGAGAGUCGAAAGUAAAAUUAACAUCAGGAGAAAAAUCGAGAGAUCUAGUCCACACAAGUGGAGUCAAAGGGUUGCUGUCAUUGGACCAAAUCCCAAAACAAGCACAUGAGACUAACUGCACAUCUAAACAACUGUGUUUGGCACGAAACGGCGUUCCAGUGACAUCAGAAGGAGAAUGUUGCGUGAGUGAGAGCAAACUUGGGUCUGCCGAGAUCGGUGGAGUGGAGCAGCAGGCAACAGAGAGUAAAGGAAGCUCGCAGAAGAGUGCAGUGCAAGACAUUUCGGCGGUGCAAUCGUAUAGCAACUGUGCUGUUCGCGAUGACACCGCCAAAGCGGAACUGUGCAGUUUAACUGUCGUCCUCGGUCCCAGUCAGCUUGCAGAGCGAGAUUUGCAAGUCGCGCAGGUAGUUACCAAACUGGAUGGCAUUAGCAAAAUUUCGAACGGAGCCGAACCUGGUGAAGUUUCUGAAAGCCAAGUGGAGCGGAUGAGUGAUGAGCAGUCUAAUGGCUGCGUUGAGAUGCGACACCGGUGCGAUUGCCAGGAGCAGCAGCAGCAGCAACAGAUAGAGAAGGAACAGAGGAGCCGCUGGAAGACUCCAGCCAACAUGUUGCCCACGGGUCAGCACCGCCACCACCCCGCCAGGACUCGCCACGACAGCGAUCGGCUCGUCGACGAUCUCGUCAACGAACUCAAGACCACAGCCGACCAGCGGCGCAUGCUCCAGAACGGCUUCGCGCACGACCAGAGCGUGAUGCUGCAGUCGUCGCUGCAGGGCCUGCCGCCGCUGCCGCGCAGCCUGUCGGCGGCCUCCACCCCCACGGCCGCCCCCAGCGCGGCCCCUGCGCCCGCCCCCGCCGCCCCCGGCCGCCAGCUGCCCGCGGUGCCGCGGCAGGCGCGUCUCCAGGCUCCGCCCCCGCCGCCGCUCAGCCUGCCCGGCCGCGCGCCGCCCCCCGCCCCGGCACCAUCUUUGCCCCCGGCGCAACCGCCUCCGCCGCCCCCAACACACCGCAAGACGCCGCCCGUCACUGGCCUGGACGCACAGCUGGCCAUACUGCGCAACGAAAUGUUCGGUAAUCGUAGGCCAUAUCUGGAGUCGUAUGAGAACUGCCUUCCAAUACAGCUCUUUAAGGGUUCCGACCUCAAUCGGUAA